UCCUCGGCUCCUUUCGGCUCCUCUCCAGCCACAGCAGCCAGUCGGAAACGCGCAGCAGCGUCGCGGCUCCGCGGCUCGUCUUGCUUUUCUCCCCGCCGUCCAGCCCUCCGGUGCGGCUCUCCCCUCUAGCCCGCAGCCCAGCGGCGGAUCCUCGGCCUCUGUGACGGCCGGCCACGGCGCGCAGCGCGGCGGAGCCUGAACCCUUUCCGGCUCUCCUCCUCCGCGGCGGAAAACCCCGGACGGAGGCCCGCGGUGUGCGCUCCUCCUCCCGCAGGCCUUCGGCCCGGACUCCCGCCUUUCUGCUGAAAAAUGGACGGCUUCACCGGAAGUUUGGACGACAGCAUGUCGGCGACCAGCGUCUCCGACGUCAACGACCGUCUGUCUGCGCUGGAGCUGCGCGUCCAGCAGCAGGAAGACGAGCUGACGGUGAUGAAGGCGGCGCUCGCCGACGUGCUGCGCCGCCUCGCCGCGUCUGAGGAUUCUGGGGCCAACAGGAAGCAGCACGGAGCCAAAGGCGGCGCCGCCAUGCGCGAAGCCUCGUCUCUGUCCUGCAUCGCCAACGGCGGCACGCCCGGACGCAAGAGAGACUCCGCCUCCGUCACCAGGAAGGAGACGGUGUCUUCGGCCGCCAAGAGCGGCUCAGAGAAGAAGAAGGAGGCGAGCGGUCAGCGCUCCCACAUGGAGGAGAUCCAGGAGCAUGAGGAAGCUCCGCCCCUAAAGGAGCCGUCACCCAAUCACUCGUCCCCCAUCCUGUCCCACCUCCCCCAGAGGUCGGCCCCGCCCCCUGACUUUGCCAAAGGCCACGCCCCUAAAAGAGGUCCCAGCGUAAAGCGGUCUUCAGGAAUGGAGCGAUCCCAGAGCAGCAACUGGGAUUCAGCAGAGAAGAACCGGAACAAGCUGGUGAAGGCAGCAUCUACCUCCAAGCUGCUGGCCAAAGUGGUGAAGAACGCAGACAAGCACAAAGACCCGGUGGUCAGCCAAGCCAAAAUGUCGACCCGAGAGAAAAACAUCCUCGCUGAGGGAAACUCUAUCAAGAUGUUCAUGCGAGGUCGACCAAUCACCAUGUUCAUCCCUUCAGACGUGGAGAACUACGACGACGUCCGGGCCGAGCUUCCUCCAGAACGACUCAAGCUGGAAUGGGUGUACGGGUACCGCGGUCGGGACUGCCGGGCCAACGUCUACCUGCUUCCCACUGGAGAGAUCGUCUACUUCAUCGCGUCCGUGGCGGUUCUGUUCAGCUACGAGGAACGGACCCAGAGGCAUUACCUCGGACACACCGACUGCAUCAAGUGUCUGGCCAUCCAUCCGGACAAGAUUCGGAUCGCCUCCGGACAGAUCGCCGGAGUGGACAAAGACGGACGGGCGCUGCAGCCUCAUGUCCGGGUCUGGGACAGCGUCAGCCUGUCCACCCUGCAGGUCAUCGGUUUGGGAACCUUUGAACGCGGCGUCGGGUCUCUGGCGUUCUCCAAAGCGGACUCGGGUCAGCACCUGAGCGUCAUCGAUGACUGCAACGACCACAUGUUGACGGUUUGGGACUGGCAGAAGAAGUCCAAGAUCGCAGAGAUCAAGACGACCACCGACGUGGUUCUGGCCGUGGAGUUCCACCCGACCGACCCGAACACGAUUGUUACCUGUGGGAAGUUCCACAUCUUCUUCUGGGCCUGGAACGGGAACUCGCUGCUGCGCAAGCAGGGACUCUUCGGGAGUCACGACCGGCCCAAGUUCAUCCAGUGCCUGACCUUCCGGAGCAACGGCGACAUCGUGACCGGAGACUCGUCCGGACAGCUGCUAGUCUGGACCCGGAACUCUGCCGAGGCGCCCACGGGCAAGGCGCCGCAAGCCUUCCAGAUGAGGACCGACCUGCGGCCAAUCGAAGCUCAUGAGAAAGGAGUUUUCUGCAUGUGCGACAUGCGGAGCGGCUCGCUGCUGACCGGAGGAGGAAAAGACCGCAGGAUCGUCCUGUGGGACCAGCAGCUGCAGCUUGACCGCGACAUCGAGGUCCCGGAUCAGUACGGGAACAUCCGGGCGCUGGCGGAGGGAAAGGGGGACGAGUUCCUGGUCGGGACGUCCAGAAACUUUGUCCUCAGAGGGACCUUCAACGACGGCUUCCAGGUGGAGGUCCAGGGACACACGGACGAGCUGUGGGGUCUGGCCGCCCACCCCAGCAGGGAGCAGUUCCUGACCUGCGCUCAGGACCAGAUGGUUUGUCUCUGGAACUCUCUGGAUCACAGCCUGCAGUGGAGCCGCACUCUGGAGGAACACGGACAUUGUGCAGAGUUCCAUCCCAGUGGAGCUGUAGUUGUCAUAGGAACGCACUCCGGAAGGUGGUUUGUUCUGGACGCCGAGAGCAAAGAUCUGGUCGGGAUCCACUCGGACGGCAACGAGCAACUGUCGGUUCUGCGUUUCUCAGUCGAUGGCAGCAUGCUGGCCGUGGGGUCUCAUGAUAACUUCAUCUACCUGUACAGCGUGUGGGAGCAGGGCCGCAGGUACAGCCGCUACGGGAAAUGCUCGGGUCAUUCCAGCUACAUCACACACCUGGACUGGUCACCUGACAACAAGUUCAUCAUGUCCAACUCUGGGGACUACGAGAUCCUCUACUGGGACAUCCAGAACGGCUGCCAGCUGAUCCGGAACCGCUCUGAGUGCAAAGACAUCGACUGGGCCACCUACACCUGUGUGCUGGGAUACCACGUGUUUGGCGUCUGGCCCGAAGGUUCUGAUGGUACCGACAUCAACGCUCUGGUGAGGUCCCACAACAGGAAGGUGAUCGCACUGGCGGACGACUUCUGCAAGGUUCACCUGUUCGCCUACCCCUGCUCCAGAUUCAAGGCACCCAGCCACAAGUACAGCGCCCACAGCAGUCACGUGACCAACGUCAGCUUCCUGCACAGCGACAGCCACCUGAUCUCCACAGGCGGGAAGGACACCAGCGUCAUGCAGUGGCGGCUCGUCAGGAAGCUGGUCGACGCCCCCAAGCCCGCCGCGCGCCGACCCAACACGGCCGGCGACCCUGCUGGAGACACGGCCGCCACAAACGCAGCCGGCGAAGCGGCCGCCACGCAGCCUCUGGCCGGACCCGACCCGGCCGCCGCCGAGAACCCGGACCCAUCGAACCGGGUCGCCGCAGAAGGAACCCCGCCCCCCUCGGACAGCACGCUGAGCCUGAAGGACAGCCUGGAGACGAGCGACGACACGGCAACGCCGAGCGACGAGGGCCUGCCUCCCCUCACUCCGCCCUCCUAGAGGGGGCGGGGCCUCUUCCAGGUCAGGUGUCUCUGUUGCUGCUCCUGACGCCGUCAGGGUCACCGACCGCCAAACACCUGUUCGCGCCCGACCAUUUCAGGACUGCUGUCAGGAAUCCGACGGGAAACCCACAGAAACUGUCCGGACGUCUUCAGGCGUCGGCCAUCUUCCCAGAAACGCUCUAGAAUCUGAUCCAGAACCUUCCAGGUCUCCUCCGAUCCGCCACAGAAAGUCACCUGAUCUGCUCACUCAGGGCAGGUGAACACUAGGGCUACACCGACUGCACAUUUCUGUCCGAUCUUUGAAAAAACUAUUGUUUUUGUUUGAAACGGCGACAAAUAUAGAAAGUCGCUGAGUUGGUAACGGGGGCGACUAUUGCAAACACCUGGCUGGGCGGGGCUAACCGGGUGGGCGGGGCUAAUAGUCUCACUGCAGAGGAAAUGAGGACAGUGGUUGAUUUUUAGACCUUUACAGGGAAAAAUAAGAUCAGCUUCACAAAUAUUGGCCAAUCAGUGAUCUUUGAAAUUUAAGAAAUCUGCACCAGUAAAUCGGUUAGUUUUUUUUCACAUUAUAUUUAUUGAAUUUUAUAACAUAAAACAAGUGGCAGUGAUAUAGUUGACGUAGGGUUCACAUUAAACAAGUCAGUCCUCAAAGUAAAUAAACAUAAAUAAUAAAGAAACAACAACAAAAAACAACUCAACAGUAUCAUAUAUCAGAAAACAGAAAUAAAGAGGGAAAAAACCCAAAAGCGUUAUUGCAGCUUUCUUCAGGAUUCAUUUCCCUUCCUCUGACAACAUAAGUGAGUCGCUCCAGAGCCACACAUGAUGUCAUGUCCCUCAUCAUUGUGGUUUGACGAUAUGUCCAUUUUUUUUUAAUCUUCUGGCCUGCAGGCGUCUAAAGUCAAUGAAUUUUAACUGUCUGGAGCUGAAAACACCGUUCUCUGGAUAAAUACCUAAAACACACAUUUUAGCCUCAGCAGGUACAGUCACUCCAACAAUCUUUGACAAAGUUUACAUAACUGAGUUCCAGAAUUGCUGUAAUUUUGGACCCUCCCAUACACAGUGAAAAAGAGCAACACUUCCUGCAGCUGUCUGGGAUUAUUGGCCCAGCGAUUCUGUUAGUCUGGAGUUAUUUAUCGACGUUCUCAUCAACCACUGGCAUUAAAGAAGUUUCAUCCUUGUUUUAAUUGACUUCUGAGCACAAUGCACCCUCGGUUAACACAGGAUACCUGACACACCUGUGAUGACCUCAUCCAACAUUUCAGCCCUUUUCUGUCCCAAAGAGCCACCUGUUAUCCUCCCGUCUGCCACAGGGGGCAGCAGGGAGCUGAAGGGAGGAAUUUGUCAAACGACAAUAAUUUUUCCCAAAUAAACAGUCUGAUUUUCCUCCAGUGAGACGAGUUGACCUCGAAGUUAAACAGGAAGUCUUUGGUUUUACAGGAAGUUUGAGGAUCAGAGGAAACCUGGAAGAUUUCAGUUUUGUUUCUAACUUUGCUUAAAAACAACCAUCUGCAGCUUUUUAAAAUCAAUGUAAUUUAAAUCUGUGAAUUAAAACAUCACUGAAGGAUGCAAACAGCUGCAGGCUUUUAUUCUGAAAAGCCACAGAUGACAUUGAGUUUCAGUCUAAAUGAAUACAACAGAGAAAAGGAACAUUCUGUUAAAAAUGAUGUCUGUGUUUAAAGCGAUUCUGACCCGUCACGUUCUAGAUCCACUGGUUUGGGUUUCAGAAGCUUCACACUGUUGCCAACAGGAAACCAACAGGAUGAAAGAGGAAGUGCUUGUUUGGCGAGGUGACCUUCAGGUUAAAACUGUGACAGAGAACCAAUCAGAGCGAAGCCUCCCGCUUUGCUGGAAAUCCCACUUCAUCUUGAGAAGAAUUGAUCAAAGUGAGCCCUCUCUGUUCAUAAAGGAUCUGUGUUGUUUGUAUAUGCUGCAGAUGGCUGUGUGUAUAUUUCUGCUCAACACUAGAGGGCAGCACUUCAGUCACAUUCAGCUCACAUCUCUUAUCCAAUCAGGCGACAGCAAAGGGGAGGGCCUGUGCUCUGAUUGGUUGCUCUCAGUGACUCACUGCUGGGCUUUUGUCUGUUCUGGACCAUUUCACUUCAGGCCUUUGUUGAAUGUGUCAAUGAUGUCAUUCAGGGGCGGGGCCUUCGCGGAGGGGAGGAUGAGGGGGGGUUGAUGUUGCCUUUUUAUUACUGACUCAUCUUUUCUAUGUUAGCCUCUAAAGGGCUUCUGUGGAGAUCAGGGACUCACCUGGAUGUUCAGGUUGGGGGGGGAGGGGGUCACGUGAAGGGGCGGGGUUUGCGUUCAUUGAUCCUCAUUGAUGAUUUUUAUGUGACUGUUUUGAGCCAAUCGUCUUCUCUCAUGCAUUCCUGUCAGAGGGCAGACUGUACUGAAGAUUUCAACACAAAAUGCAAAUAAACGUUGCUAUGGUGACAGCCAA